AUGGCGCGAAUCAAGUAUCCAUAUAUUUGGUUGUUUUGCGGGUUUGCUGCGCUUGGCGCAUGUCUGUAUGGGUAUGAUGGAGUCUACUUCAACGGCGUCUCAUCUCUAGAUAUCUUUAUCCAACAUUUUGGCGAGCCGAAUGGCAAAGGCGGACAUGAGGUCACGCCGUCUCGCCUCUCGAUUAUGACCUCCAUGAUCAACGUGGGUGAAUUGGUUGGGUCGCUGACCGCAGCGCCCCUGAACGAUUGGUUUGGCCGCAAAGGCGUCUUCAUGACCGGAACUGCUGCCAUCAUUCUCGGAGUGGUCCUCCAGCUAGUAACAAGCUCAAGUUAUGUCCUUGUUACCGUUGGGCGAGCAGUCUUGGGCUUUGGCGUAGGAAACUUCUCUGCCACAUCACCUCUUUACAUGGGAGUAUGGCGUACCCAGCUUGCUUUAGGUGGCUACAAUGCUUACAUGAUUCAGGAAAUUGCCCCAGAUUCCAUGCGCAGCCCUCUUCUUAUGUGUUGGCAACUCACACUCUCCGUCUCGCAGAUCAUCGCUGCAGCAAUCAAUCGUGGCAUGGUCAACAUAGAUACCACAUUUGCCUACCGUUUCCCCAUCGGCUUCCAACUACUCUUCCCGGCCAUCAUCAUUGCAUUCAUCUGGUUUGUCCCUGAAUCCCCACGGUGGCUUCUUCGUAAGGGUCGAUCAGAAAAGGCACUCAGAGCUCUUGAGGCCCUCCACCGCGACGAUAAAACGUACGAUCCGCAGCCCGAUAUCCGUGGCAUGCAGGCCGACAUCGAAAAGGAGAUGGAGCUCGACGCCGAGGGUGGCUGGAUGCAGCUUAUCGCGGACCCGAUUGAGAGGCGCAAAGUUAUAUUCAGUGCCGGUGCUCUGGUCGCACAGCAGAUCAACGGUAUCCAGUGGUUUUAUUACUUCGGCACGGUGUUCAGCGAGUCAAUCGGGCUGGCAGAUCCUUUCCUGAUGACGUUAAUCGUCUUCAUCAUCCAGGUGUUUGUGGUCCUGGCCGCCGUGCUUCUGGCCAACAGGCUACCACGGCGGCCACUGUUGAUGGUGACAACAGGCAUCAUGACUGUAUCGAUAUUUGUGGUCGGAUAUCUUGGAAUCCCUGGGGGUGCGGUAUCUGAAACCUUUGGCAAGGUGAUCAUCAGCUUUGUCAUCAUCGAAAUUGCAGCCUUCAACUUCGCGUGGGGCCCUCUAGGUUGGACUAUUGCGUCCGAAAUGGCUGUCGGCCGCAACCGGAACAAGAUCUAUGCCAUUGCUGUGGCGUGCUUCUGGAUUACCGUCUGGGUCACCGUCUUUACUCUUCCCUAUCUCUACUACUCGGCCAACUUGGGUCCCAAGACUGGCUUCGUAUACACGGGGCUUUGUUUUAUCACCUGGGCAUAUGUGUAUUUCUGCGUAGGUGAAGUAAAUGGCCGUACAUUGGAGGAGAUCGAUGGUUUCUUCAGAGACGGCAUCCCGGCUAAGGACUGGAAGAAACAACCGCGUAAGACAGUCUUAUCAAUGACCGACAAGAAAGAGAGCAGUGUUCAGGAGAUGGAAGAGGGAUCUGGAGAGGUAAUAAGUGAGAAAUAA